GCCUCAGAGCUCCUGCGGAGCCCGCAGGAAGCGCCGGGCACGUCCCCUCCGGAGCCGCGCACCCGGCUGGGACCUGCUUGCACCCGGCAGAGCCAUGAAGCGGCUCCCACAGCUGCUGCUGUGGGUCACCACGGUGGUUGUUGUGUCCUGUUCUGGAUCACAUGAAGAAAACUCUUCCUCACCAAAUCCACCUCAGAAGCUCUCCCUGAUAAAAAAUAGGAUGGUUUCAUUGCAUCAGCCUUCAAAACCAGCAAUCUCUUGCAACAUCGGCUCAAGCUGUUCAUGGGUGACAUCUACGGACAGUUUUGGAAAACCAGACUGGGUGUUAUCUUCAGUUGGUGUCCUGGUGUCCCAGGAGAUGCAGCAGCAGCUUCUGGAAAACAGUUCCUCCCAUGGAGAUGUUCAAGGGGACAUAUUCCUCCUGAACACCAAUAGGCUCCCAGAUAGAUGUGAGUUCAGCCUGCAUAGUCCCAUCCUGCCUGGGAGCUUGGACUCUUGCUUGCUGGAACUGGCCAUAUGUUCACAGGAUGCUGUUCCUCUCCUCCAGAGGUUCACAGUUGAAAUCAGAUAUGUGGAGACAAACAGAAAUAUAAUAAUUGCUCUGAGAGUUGGCCAUGAGGAGGAUGCCGGGAUGAAAUGGAAAUACCUGAUGGCCGAGAUUGGCCGUAUAGAAAGGCCUUUUAAAAUCACCUUACUGUAUUCAAACUGUGGAGCACAAGAGGUUGGAGUACUGGCAGUGGGCUCCUUGCAACUCAGGAACUGCUUUCAUGAUAAAGAAAACCAAGAUCUCUCUAUAUAUGACAAAGUCUCCACCAUCCCCUGCCUUCCUGGAGGCUGUGUCAGCCACCUACAAAUCUGUGAAUUCAUCAGCGAUUGCCCUGCCAAAGAACAGGAAGGAGUGAGGUGUGACAGUCUGCCAGAGGGUUCACAUUGCUCUUUUGAAGAGGGUCCAUGUGGCUGGACCCUGAAUGAAACUGCAGCAUCUCCUUGGUCUAUUCAGGGUUUUACUGAAACAAUUCAAGAUGACUCACUUGUAGGGUCUACCUUGCAAGCCACUGCUGGACACUUCCUCUACCUGCGAGCAGACAGCAAUCAGACGAGUGGUAUGGCCAAGGCUUACAGUGCCAGCUUGCCAGCCAGUAUUGCCACUGAAGACUACCAGAUCCAAUUCUCAGUGCAUGUUUUUGGCAGCUACAAUGGUACCAUCUCCUUCUCUGUCAGGGAAGAGACAAAGGGAGCUCCAAUCAUCUUGCCCAUGUGGGAAAGAGCAGGGAGCUGGAGUGACCACUGGUUUCUCGUCACCUUACCAAUGCCAGUGCUUCAGAAUAGGUUUCAACUGGAACUCCUGGCAACCUGGGGCUGGAAUUCCCAAGCUGACAUUGCUGUCGAUAACAUUACAUUUGGACUGGACUGCUUCCCUGAUGGAAGACAACCAAACCAUUUUGUUGGGAAGCGCCAGUACCUACAGGAGAUUAGUAUCCUGGAUGAACAUCUUCUGAACCCCCUGGAAGAGCCCUCCCUCCCAGGGGAUACAUCUGUUGUUCUCUGGUGGUUCACAACAUGUGGUGCCAGUGGUCCACAUGGCCCAACUCAAGCUCAGUGUGACAGUGCCUAUAAGAACAGCAAUGUGUCGGUAACUGUGGAGAAAGAGGGCAGGCUGCGGGGAGUGCAAGUCUGGAGAGUGCCAGCCACAAACCGAUACAGGAUUUCUGCCUAUGGAGCAGCUGGGGGGAAGGGAGCCAAAAACCACAAUAAGCGGUCCCAUGGGGUCUUCAUCUCAGCCACCUUCCAGCUGGAGAAAGAUGAGCUGCUGUACAUCUUAGUGGGGCAGCAGGGGGAGGAUGCCUGCCCUGGGGGCAAUCCUGAAACCCAGAAGAUCUGCUUAGGGGAGUCAUCUCUCAUUGAAGAAGAUUACAAGAAAAAAAAGGACCUGAGGGACUGGGCUGGAGGAGGUGGGGGUGGAGGAGGAGCAACCUACAUCUUUAGACAGAAGGAUGGGAUUUUCGAACCUUUGCUCAUCGCAGCAGGAGGAGGAGGAAAAGCCUACCUGAAGUCUCAGGACAGCUCUCUGGAUGAUGUACCCCUGGAGCAAUUUGAGAACAGCACUGCAAUACCUGGAGUCAGCGGCAGGACUGGGGCAGCAGGUGGAGGUGGUGGCUGGCAAGAUGAGAGUCUGCUUCCUCAGUCUGGGAAGUCCCUUCUGGAAGGUGGAGAAGGGGGUCAAGCUUGUCCCCAAGCACUAGCCAAGCUUCAGUGGGCCACCUCCGGUGGCUUUGGAGGGGGAGGAGGAGCUUGUACUUCUGGUGGAGGAGGUGGAGGCUACAGAGGGGGGCAUGCCUCCAAUACUGAUGAUAUCACAGCUGGUGGGCAGGAUGGCAUCUCAUUUGUGAGCCCCAUUGGAGAAAUCUUCUUGCAUCCCCUGGCAGCCAUGGAGAGUCAUGGGGAGGUGGAGGUUCAGAUCUAUCUGAACUGCAGCCACUGCCACUCAGACAACUGUAAGCGGGACCCUGACACCAACCUGCCAGUCUGCCAAUGUGAAAUGGGAGCUGUGCUAGCCAACGACAAUGUCACCUGCACUGUGCCCCAGGGUCCUAUUCCAGAGAGUCACCUGCCUCUCCCACUCCUCCUAGCUGUGGUGGCUGUGAUUGUGGUGCUUGGAAUGAUCCUUACCUGUGGCAGCCUAUCUAUCAUUUACCACCUUAAGAAGCAGCAGCUGGAGGGAGCCAGAGCACGACUGCAGAGCCCAGAAUAUAAACUGAGCAAAAUCCGCACAUCAGCCAUCAUGACAGAUUACAACCCCAACUACUGCUUUGCAGGGAAGGCCGCCACUCUGAGCGAGCUGAAGGAGAUCCCACGGAAGAACAUCUCUCUGCUUCGGGCACUAGGACAUGGUGCAUUUGGUGAGGUUUAUGAGGGAACCGUGGUAGGCAUCGCAGGGGAUCCCAACCCUCUUCAAGUGGCUAUCAAGACCCUGCCAGAAGUCUGCUCUGAGCAGGAUGAGAUGGAUUUCCUAAUGGAAGCAUUGAUUAUCAGUAAGUUCAAUCACCAAAAUAUCGUGCAGUGCAUUGGUGUUAGCCUACAGACGCUGCCUCGCUUCAUUCUGCUUGAGCUGAUGGCUGGAGGAGAUAUGAAGAGCUUCCUUCGGCAGAAUCGACCCAGAGUGAAUCAACCAUCCACGCUAACAAUGCAGGACCUGCUGAACAUAGCUAGGGAUAUUGCCUGCGGCUGUAAAUAUCUGGAAGAGAAUCAUUUCAUCCACAGAGACAUAGCUGCAAGGAAUUGCCUUUUGACCUGCACUGGAGCAGGACGAAUAGCCAAGAUUGGUGACUUUGGGAUGGCCAGAGAUAUUUACAGAGCAAGUUACUACCGUAAAGGAGGAAGAGCCAUGCUUCCUGUCAAGUGGAUGCCACCAGAAGCUUUCCUAGAGGGCAUUUUCACCUCUAAGACUGAUACCUGGUCCUUUGGUGUGCUGCUUUGGGAGAUUUUCUCUCUAGGCUACAUGCCGUACCCUUGCAAAACCAACCAGGAAGUGCUGGAAUUUGUCACCAGUGGAGGAAGAAUGGAUCCACCAAAAAACUGUCCAGGACCAGUGUACCGGAUCAUGACCCAGUGCUGGCAGCACAGCCCAGAGUAUCGGCCAAACUUCUCCACUAUCCUGGAAAGAAUCAAGUAUUGCACACAGGACCCUGAUGUGAUCAACACUGAGCUGCCCAUGGAGUGUGGCCCCGCACCAGAGGAUGAAGGGAGUACAGUCAUGCGCCCAAACAUUUCCAGUGGGAUAGUGCCCCUGUUGGUAAGCCCUUCUCUCACACCUCAGUCAACGCCUAAAGCACUGGAGUCCCACCAGGCUGGGCACAAACUUGUACAAUGUCCACAAGAGCUGCUGGUAGAGAACCUGAGCAACCGGACUGCUCGAGGGCCCAGCCUGCCAUGCCUCACUGAUUUCAGCAGUGGACCCUGGUUCCAGCAGACCUCGAACCAGAAGCUGGAGCUCAGCAAUCCACCAAGCCACAGACUUAAAAACAAAACAAAAAAUCUUUGGAACCCAACCUAUGUAUCAUGGGUGCUAGAGAACAUCUGUCACUUCAGCCCCAGCUCCAAGCCCAAAGCAAAUCCGGAGCGGGAAGAUUCGGGCUUUGAUGGGAAUUGCAGUUCUUCUCCUAGCUCCCGGGCAUCUCCAGCAUCUCCAAGUCGAAGCAACUGCCCUCAGCUGGAUGUCAGUGGGAUUGAACUGGUGAAACUCCAGACUUUCCCCUGUGGCAAUGUCAAUUAUGCUUAUGAUGACCUGUGCUGUGGCACUGAGCACCAACCAUCAGCUUUAGCAAGGGUCAGAGGAACUGUGCUAAGGAGCUCCAGCCUGCACAAAGAUGAAAAGCCUUUUUAUAAAACAGAGAAAACAUCAAGGGAAAGGGACUCUGGUCUGUCUUUGUCAGAUGACCUGAGUGUUACUCCAGUAUAACAAACAGAAACAGUUCUUCCAAAGAUCAGGGAAUGUGUGUGUCUGGAAGGACUGCUUCCUAUUUCACUCACUUCCUCCAUUAAAGUUCCUUCAGAUGGGUGAUGUUUCAACAUCAGCGAUGUUCUGCUUCCUCCUUCAACCUACCGGAUCCCCAGAUCGUUAAAAGACAGUUGCAUUCCUAUCUCUGUCCAUCAACCAUGUUCCAUGAACCAGCUUAAAGGUGGAGAACAAUGGCAUUGCUGCUCUCAUUCAGAAGACAAUAGUGAAAGGACUCCCUCUCAAUCUGCUCAGGUGAAAAGAAUUGGACCUACCAUCCAGCUGCAGCAUUUGGAUGGAGAUAAAGACUGGCACAGGUUGUGCUUCUUGCUGACCGAAGAAACCAAAAACACAUGCUGUGCAACUUGCAAAGGCUGCUGUAUUCACGAGAGCUUUUUACAGUCCCAAUGACUUACUAAUGAUGGUCAUACACUGUAAGGGAAGUAAAUAAAUAGCAGCUACCUUUGCAUCUGUUUUAUUAGCAGACCCUGUGGAAAAACGUGAAAAUGAAGCUACUGCUCAAAUUAGAAGUAGCAGGAAGGAUAAAACAAGAACUCCAGGCUCCUCUGAGCAUGUGCUUUGAAAACAAGCAAUGAAGAGGAAAACAGAUUUACUAUUCACAAAAAAAAAUGGUUGGUGGAGCUGAUAGUAUCCCUUUGAAUAGUGAAGGGAAUAUGCUGCUUGCCUCAUGGUGUCACUUUCCUCACAGCUCCUGAUUUGGCAGGGGCAGGUGGCUUUUCAGGAAAGGCUUUGCUGUGUGGCAUGAGGAGAGAUGGGCUGUCUUUAUCUUUUAAUGAACUUUACUUGGGAUGAACUUCUUUUUUCUAUGUUGGUAUUCAGCAGUAGUUUCCUGUGCUAGGUUGGUAAGCAUUAAGCUGAGGUUCUCGAGUAACUGUCUAGCACUUGGUGCACUGGAGUUGCUCCUGGGUUUAAUACCUGCUCCUCUGGAAUAGAAGCACCGUAACGCAAGGGAGGGGCAGAGUGAGCGGAACCUAACACAGACACAACCUUACAGUGCCCUUUAACAGGAAGGUAGCACAGCUCCACCACUCAAAGCUAAAAUCAUUACUUGGCUUCACACACCUGAGCAGGUCAUCAUUUCUUCUCACCUUACAAGCAUACAGACUUGCUGGUAAAGGUAGUUGCUUUGAGGACAGUUCAUUUCUAACAAACACUCUCUUCUGUUGCUUGGGGCCUAAACUGAUGUUUACUGGUUAAAGCCUGCAAAAUAAGGAGACUGAAAAAGUAAAUAAUUUGGAUUAAGCCUGAACAGUCUCAGAAGUGUUUUGUUCUUGCCUCACUCCUGAAUGUUGCAAAUUACAUGCUGCCUGAAAGUGUAAUCAAGUUGUGUGGCAAGAUGUCAGUUGUUGUAGACUCACUCUGGCUCCUUUCUAAGGGAAGAGGUACAAGCUUCACACUUAGUGAUCAGCUGCAUGUACAGUCUGAAGAUGUGGGCUGGCAGGAGACCCUCUUCCUGGACAGGAAGACCACAGACUACCUGUCCCCUGCAUCAUUCAGGGAUGGACACUACUGAGAUGUGGUACAGAAGCAGCACAUAGGAAAGAGCCUGAAUCCAUUCUGAGUGAAAUGUGUCUUCAGUGCAGGUUUAUGCUUUAUUGGUCUGACUUUGUAUCUGUUCCAGGCUUCCUAUAGUUUCAGGCCUUUGGCUUUAGAAGGAAUAGUUUUACAUACCAUCAUUUCCAGAUCUGCAGGUUUGUUACAACUCUGCUUUCAAUUCUCCUUAGCCAUCAGAACGGAUGAUAAGAGAGGAGUGAAAUACUGACUUGUUCAGAAGCCAUGGGAUGUUAACUAUACCACCUUCUCUUCCUGCAGCCUUUCUGUGAAGUAGCAGGCACAAGACAGUUAAUCUUUUUUCACAUGGAAAUGACUACACAGUGCCCUGAGUCCAGUGAGAAGCAGGUAGGAGCCCUGCUGUCCACGUGGUUACCCAGCUUGAGCUGCCACCAUUUUCCCCAUGCGCAGCACUUGCCUCAACAUGAUUCAGGAAUUUAGAAAGGUCAGUAGUGACAAAACUAGGUAAGCCAUUGAAAAGUGGAGUGAGAGAAGAGCACAGUGCUACUGCCAAUGCCAUGGGCAGUCUAGGCUGCAGCUGUGCCUUCAUUUUAUAAUGAAAAUGCAAGUUCUUCAGUCCAGCACUUUUGGGCAAAUACCUGUUUUUUCUAAAUAGCUGCAUCAAGGUACUUAUUUACAGGAAGAGCACAGAGAAAGCUGUACUGAGCCAGAAUAAAAGUCCAUCCCACCCAAUAUCUUAACCCUAAGAGUGUCCAGCAGCGGGGUGUUGUUGAAGGACAACUGGAGGAGUGAGCAUGUAGUGAUUAUAGAGUGAUACUUUGCUGGUUUACAGCAGCAUGUGGCUCAGGAACGUACCGAGCCAGUCAGAGUGUCUUGUAGCAAGACAGAACAUGGAGCUGCACAUACCAAAUGGGCACAGAAAAAAAGAGAUGGGAAUUUUAAAGGAUCUGCAUUAGCAACCUAGAUUUUUUAUAACUAACAACUCCCACAAACAAAACUAAAGGUAAAUGAUCUUCUGUCAGUGCAGUUGCCAUGAAUCUUUGACCUUAUUCUGUGCAUAUCUGAUCUCUUGGCUGCUUUUUAAAAACCCUCACAGAUAGAUAAUGAAAUUUUAAUUAAUAUCCUGGAGGAAAUCAUGCUAAUAUUGUGAUGCUGAAUGCUCCAUGCUGCCCAAACCGUAUUACUUAAAAAUAACAAUUGUAAUGACGUAUUCUACAACCCUGAGUUCGGAGACUGGAACUUGCUGUUCAUAUAAUCACAGAUUUCACGGUGCUCAAUUGCUACUAUUUCAAAAUAUGACUUGAAGCUGUGUUUUAAAGAGACACUUUCAGUGCAUAAUCAAUGAGUUGAACCCAUAGCGUCAAAAUUAGAUUAUUUUUGGCAACUGAAAGCUGAAACCUGAUUUUGUUUCCUACCAGAAUGACAUGAGCGGGAUAUCUGGGAUUAUCUAUACUCCAUGUGAAAAGUCUUCCAACACUUGCCCACUGCAGAACCAGCCAUUUAUAGGAUUAUCAUCAAUUGCUCUUCCUGAUGGGUGUCUGCCUUUUAACAUGUUACCAACUUGAUUUUAGAUUCUGUGUAUAUAUUUGUUUUGGUUUUUUUCUGGGCUCAGCAUUUAUGUGGCUUCAUACAACCUCAUACCUACAUUUUAAAGAGGGAACUGACUAACAAAAGAUGAAAUAAUCCUGCAAACUUCAAUUUUUCUCUGCUUUAUUUUCACAUUCAUUGAUAUUCUUGCUUCUGAUUUGUUGCCUUUUCUCUCCCCAACUUACAUGUUUCAUAUCUUCAUUUGCCCUUUAAAGAAAUAGAACUUUUAACUGCACAGAUUUAAGGUCUCCCCCUCAUACCAACCCUCUUCCUACAGCAAGUUCCGCACUGAUUUGCCAGAGGGCAGGUAUGUACUGAGGAAGCUUUGCAAGUCUAAUGAAAUAGUUACAGGCUUUUGCAAGUGUAACUUAUUCCACCUCCAAUACCCGCCCCCUACUCACCUGAAAGAAGAAAACAUUACUGCUAGGAGUUGCAGCUCCAUUGCUGUGUCAGCCACAGACCACACUCCCCAGAGCCUUCAGCAGCCAUGCUUUCUCCUCAUCUCUCCUCCACAUUCCUGCCCUUUCCAGGUUGAUGGAAAUGACAUCUUAGGCAUGACAUCACUAACAUCUUCCCAUCUCAUGACUUCUUCAUUUAAUUGAACUAGUUUUAAUUUGUCAUUACCUCUGACCAUGGCAGCACUUCUCAUCAACGUACCUUUCUGGGUGACUACUGUACACAAGUAGAUGGCACGCCUGCUUCUAUGCAAUUUAAAGCUGGACAAGUGUAUACUUCUAUAUUUGCAACACAAAAUAAAGAGACACUAAUGGUG